AGAAAAGACUUAAUUCAAAAUUAUCUUCUAGAAGAUUUUAUAAUAUAGGUAUAAAUAUAUGUUAUGCAUGUUGCGUACUCUUUAGUAAGUAACAAUAACAAAAACGGAAGCAAACAGAAAAUGGAGGAAACAAAAAAGAGUUUGCUUGAUGAUUCUUUUACAAGUGCAAUGACACUAACCAAUUCAGGUGUGCCUCAAGUGCCUGACCGUUAUGUUCUUCCACCAGCGCAAAGGCCAGCUCUUGGUUCGAGCAUAGGAACUAGAGAUGAUACAACACUUCCUGUCAUUGAUCUCUCUCUUUUACACCAACCUUUGCUUAGAUCCCGUGCAAUCCAUGAGAUCAACAUGGCCUGCAAGGAGUUUGGUUUCUUUCAGGUUAUAAACCAUGGGAUACCAUCAUCAGUGGUUAAAGAUGCCUUAGAUGCAGCAACACAGUUCUUUGACUUACCUGUGGAGGAGAAGAUGCUUCUGGUGUCAUCAGACGUUCAUCAGCCAGUAAGAUAUGGCACAAGCAUCAACCAUUCAACAGAUAAAGUUCAUUACUGGAGAGAUUUCAUUAAGCAUUACUCACAUCCUCUAUCAAAGUGGAUCGAUAUGUGGCCAUCAAAUCCUCCAUGCUACAAGGAUAAGGUGGGUAAGUAUGCAGAAGCAACUCACUUGCUACAUAAGCAACUACUAGAAGCUAUCUCAGAAAGCCUAGGACUGGAGAAAAAUUACUUACAAGAACAGACUGAAGAAGGCUCACAAGUCAUAGCAGUGAACUGUUAUCCAGCAUGUCCUGAACCUGAAGUCACCUUGGGAAUGCCACCACACUCGGACUUUGGCUCGCUGACCAUCUUACUUCAGAGUAGCGAGGGACUCCAGAUAAUGGAUGCCAACAAGAACUGGGUAUGUGUGCCGUAUAUCGAAGGAGCUUUGAUCGUUCAGUUGGGAGAUCAAGUAGAAGUGAUGAGCAAUGGCAUAUACAAGAGUGUGAUUCAUCGUGUAACAGUGAACAAACAUGUCAAUAGGCUAUCUUUUGCAAGUCUUCACAGUCUACCUCUACACAAGAAGAUAAGUCCAGCACCUGAGCUACUCGAUGGAAACAAUGCAGCAGCCUACGGGGAAUUUAGUUUCAACGAUUUUCUUAACUACAUCUCGAGCAACAACGAUUUUCUACAGGAAAGAUUCAUCGAUACACUUAAGAAGAGCAGCUCCUGAAGAUUAUGUCAAACAAUUCAAGCUUACUAUAUAGUUUACAUAAAUUUCGUAGUCCAUAGUUGCAGCACUGUUGUAUCUACUCUAUGCAAAAAUCACCAAAGUUAUUGUAUAACAACAACCGAGUAAUUAUUUUCUGCAUGUAAAAAUAUACAUAAUCCGUUGUUUAAUAUAUCACAUAAAAUCAUAAUGAAAUUUCAUACUAUUUAAUUUCUUCUCCUCUCAAAGAAGACGGUGCUAAUCUUUAAAAAAUAUUGUUCAUAUUCAUAAGUAGAAAUUAAGAAACAAUUUAAUUUAUAAUGAUUCUGUUAGUUUAGCCAGCCAGACAUAUGUUGGAUGAACUCGUUUGAAAGAGUCAAGAAACAUCUGUGGUAAGAGUAUAUAUGUUUCCUGUUUCUUGCUGCUAUACUGGAUCUCAAUUGUUCUCACAAACUAUGUAUCCCUACAAGUCCUAAGGAGUCCAAUUAUAAACAACAGUAUUGCUGAUUAUCAACCAAAGUGUAUCGGAUUUGUCAAUAUGGUAGAAAAGCAGAUCGCACAAUAUAAUAAUCAUCAGAUACUUACAGAAAAUUAACAAGGAUGGUACAGUUUCCUCCGCCGACUAGUUAACGUCGCUCGUAAACUAUCCACUAAAGCUCUCUAACUACGGCCUUCGCCUCUCGAUUCCGGGGGCGAUUUCUUGUUGUUUUUUUCCUUGUUCUUCUAACCGUUUGUAGAUUUUUUUUCUAUUUUGAAGAUUAUCUUGAUCAGCUUCGGCUUUUCAUUUUUUGACCGUGACUAUUUUAUCUUUCUUCUCGCAGUUUAGCUCUUUUAACCACAGAUAAUUUACUGAUGUUUUAAAUUUUAACCAUUUAGAAAUUUUAAACGAACCAUCACUUCCAAAAUGGAAUCAAGGACUAAUUUAAUUUUACAUAGGCGAAAAAAUUAACUCAUUUAAAAUAUUGUUGAAAGUUGUAUAUAGUUUAUUACGUGAAACAAAUUUCUUUAAAAACUGCAGGAGGAUAUAAAAUAUACGGAAAUGAAUUUUAAUUAUAGAUAGUUAUUUUGUAAACUAAUUUUUUUUUUUAAAAAAAAUUAAUUAUUGAUAUUACAUAUACGAUUUUUUUUCUUAGUAGAUUUUGAUGUUAACAUAGUCAUGUUACCGGAAACUGCUUUUUCUACUAAUUAUACUUUUUGCCAUAAAGAUAUAGAUGUCCGGUUCGCUGUGGAAAGAAAGUUUAACAAUUUGUUCUUGUCUUUCGCAGAUGUCAAGUUUUAAUCUUAGCAGCUGCGAAAUUUUUUUUUUAACAUGUUCCUUCCUCUUGGGCAAAGAAGUUAUGGAUUUUGACCCGGAACUUUUUGAAUUAAAAAAGAUCAUUGUCAUGUAACUUUAUGCAUUUGUGCUUUUUACAAAUAUAAUGAUAAAUUUACUAUGUGCAAAAAAGAAAGAAAAAUUAUCUAAAGGACAAAUAGGAAAAUCAUGCGAAAUAUAUAAAAGCUUUAGGGGAAAUAUGCAAAAUAUUCACAAAAUCUUAUUUGAUUCGUGUAUAUCACAAACAAAAUGAUAAUGAACGUGUAAAUUAUAUCCUGUAACUUACAAAUCAGUUUGACCUUAAGAGAUAUUAAUGUAAAAAUGAUACUUUACAUAUAAAAUAAAAUAAAACUUAGUAUAUAUACGUAUCGCAAAUAAAAUGCCGACGCUUCUUUUUCAAAAAAUAAAAUAAAAUGCCGACACACGUUUUCAAACACGUAUAUGCAUUUUCCAUGCAUGCGAGUUCAUGCAAAUUAUAUGGAAUUUUUAUCAUUUAUUUUUAAAAUAUUUCUUGCUGGAUAUAUUAUGUAACUAUGCUUUAAAUGAAAUAUAAUAUGAAAAUAAUUGCAUUUUACAAAUUUAAGUAAAUGAUUAUCUUAUAAUAUACAGAGAUUUAUUUAUUAAAAAAUAUACAUAUAUUAUCAAAUAUCUAACUACUUAUAUAUUUUAUUACAUUCUACAUUGUCCAUAGCUAGCUAUAACUUAUAAUCUUCAGAAAUUUCAGCUAAAACAACCCUAAAUUAUUGAUUAUUUUACUACAUCACUACAAAAAAAAGAUCAAUUUAAAUCAUUUAUUUUUAAUAUUUGCAUUAGUUAUAAAUGAUGUAAAAGAAUUUCGCAUCACUUAAAAAAAUGACUCUGAAAGUGGUGAUGCAAAUAAUUUGUAUCAUUUCAUUAAUAAUUGAUGUAAGAAAUAAUAAUAUUUUCAUCAUUUAGUUUUAGUGAUGUUAAAAUGUAACGGUUAUAAACAAUGAUGUUAACUCUUAUAUCAAUUGAGUUAAAUGAUGUUAGUAUUGGUAUCAAUUAAACUAAUCGACUUAAAUUAUUUAAAUCAUUAUUAACAACUGAUGUGAUAUAUUUUUAACAGUUAAAAUAAUUUAUUACAAUUAUUAUAUAAUUUAUUAAUAAUAAUAUUAAAAAUUAAAUGGAUUAGCAGUUGUCCCAUUUAUAAUUAUCUAUUUAAAAUACUGCCAUCGCUUGUACAAUGUUUAAAUUUAUCUCAAUAAAUAAAAAUAAAAAUCUUUUAAUUAAGCAUUUUUUAUUUGUUUGUUCCUGUGAAAAUUUAACGAAGAAGAAAAGGAGAAGCCUCACAAAUAAGACUGGAAAAUGAAUUCAAAGAAAGAAAGAAAAAAACUUGUAAAAAUAGUUAAAAGAAUUGGCCAUAGCAGUUUCUUCAAUAAAUUCUUCUUCUUCUUCUUCUUCUUCUUCUUCUUCUUCUUCUUCUUCUUCAUUUUGUCUUCAAUUGGCCAUGGAAAAUGAUAAUGGCGUGGAGCUUGUUACUCCUAAGUAGCAGACAACAAAGAAACAUGAUCAAAUCCAAUUGCUUCUGAAACCUGACAGAACAACAGUGCCAAUCUUUAGGACAUAGAGUUAUGUGAUUCAUUCCAAAUGUUAAAAUCUUUAUACCAAGAACCCUAGAAACUUCCUGUCUCAUCAUCUGCAGUACACUAGCAUCAGCGUGUCUGUCUAUAUAUAUAUACACUUAGACGUCAUCACAAUCUAAGAUCCUGACAAUGUAUGGAGAAAAAGGAAAUAAUACCUAUCAAGAAUUUUUCAUCAGAUUUUUAAGAAAAGCAAAAUCUUCCUUUCAAAUCUUCUAUAAACAGAAACACAAUCAUAAUCAUCAUGAUUCAUAUAAGAAUACUUGAUUCAUGUUGAGAAAAUGCUUUUAAUCAAAUAACAGAGAACAAAAAAACUGAUGAAAGAGAUUUGAGAGAGUGUGACGAAUAGGAAGAUCUUCACAGAAAAGAAUAAUAACUACUUCUCUAAUUACAUUGGGUUUAAGUGGUUUACACUAUUUGAACUUGUAAUGGUGGUUCCUAUUUUUGGGGGAUUGUAACAAUCACAUUUGCUACUUUUUAAUAGUUAUGUGUUUAUUCUAUAAUAAUAUUGUAGUUUUACAAAUUUUGUUCUCGAUAUAAAUUAUUUUUUUACUAGCUCAAAUAUUUUAACUGAUGCAAAUUAAAAUAAAAUAACAUCAUUUUAUUAAAUUGAUGUUAAAGAAAAGGAUUAUUAUAAAUUUUUGUUAGCAUCAGUUUUCUAAUUGAUCUAAAUUAUGUAUCAUGUUAAUAACUGAUGUUAACUAAAAUAAUAAAUGCAUCAGUUAUUUAAUCGAUAUAAAUUUAUAUGAUAGCAUCAAUUUCAUUUAAGUGAUACAAAUUAACAAAAAAAAAUAUCAUUUUUCUGAAAUGAUGUUAAAUUAAUUAAUAAAACAUCAGUUAUUAUAAUUGAUUUAAAAAUAGGUAUAUUCACAUCAUUUGUAAAUAAGUAAUUUAAAAUAGCAUCAUUUAUUUUUGUGAUAUAAUUUAUGUGAUGUAAUUCACACUUUUUUUUGUAGUGCAUAUAACAAUAUAUACGGAUUUAAUACUUCUCCUCAAAAACAAACAGGUGUCAUUUUUUAAGAAUUAAUACUAACUUUCUGUGAAUCCAAACUGCAGAUAUUUUUUUACAAAGAAAAAGAGUUAUGGCACAAAUUUCAAAUGACAAUACCAUAUUUCAAUGAGAAAAUUCGAAGUUUUACUUAUAGUGUUAAAAUGUAUAAACCGGUCCGCCAAACAGAACAAGAAUCGAAAUAUAAAUAGCAUAGAAGAUUCGCAUAAUAUUAAAACCAUUUACUAGCUAGAAGAUCAAUGAUGCAAUGUAAUAAACUGAACAGUGAACACUUAUCUACAACUGGCUUACCUUUUAGAAAUUGUAGCUCUGAUCACUUGGUCUUGCAAAUAUGUAAACUACAUGCCAAUUCAAGUUUAGUAACUCACACAACAAACAAACAAACAAAGGAUCAAUUGUUAGAUAUUAAAAUUUCAUGCUCACAAUCAGUUUUCCAGCGAAAACUAUAUAAUAAUCCAAUUAAUAAAGUUAAACAUCGAGGAUGAACAGAACAAAAAAAUCUUCAGUUCCAAAUUAUGCAAAACGGAUUAAAACCAUUCUUAGAAUACUUUCCUCCGUCUUUAUAAAAAAAACGCAAAACAUAUUUAUUUUUACUCUGCAUGCAACUGUAUAAAUCAUAGAUAGAACAUAAAAUCAUAUAUGCGUAAGAAAGAUCGGAUAAACUAAAGGAGCAGAAACUUUUUUUAAAAAAGGAGACAGAAACUUAAAAUAUGAAUGGAGUUUGUUGAAGCUAAAUUGCGAAAUCUCCAGCUCGGACUUGAUAUACAUUCAUCUGAGCAUGACCAAUGUCUAAGUACAUACCUACAUGCAUAAAUAUAUAUUUUUUUUUUUUGCUAACCGAGUAUCCUGGCCCCACCGAGGUGGUCCAGACUAGAGACCGAAGUGAACAAGGACGCUGCCAGGGCGUCACCAUGUGGCUCACCGUGUAACGGUCUUCGGUCUCGGAUGCUGCAGCCCAUAUGUAAAUUCCGCAGUGGCCAAGGCUCGAACCCAGGGGCGGGCACUCCAGCUGGAGCUCCUAUACCACUAGACCAAAGCAACUUGGUUGCAUAAAUAUAUAUACAGGCCUGAAUCAUUAGUUUUCGAGAUAUAUAUAUAAAUGUAUGGAAAACAACAGGCGUGCAUGAAUCUAUUUCUGUAUCAACGGUGCAAAGUGUACAAGUUGAUCGAAAUCUGUUUGUAUUGUAUAAUCAAAAUAAGAUAUAUUAAUAUAAAUCACGAAUACGUUUUGGCACUUAUAUAUGCGUCAUCAACCAAUAGGGUUGUUAGCAUAGAGGUCAAAGAAAAUAUUUGAUUUUAUAUUUGUAUGGUUUAAUCAUUAAUAGUUAACCUAUUUGACCAUGGGAAAUUAAAUGCCUACAUGCAUUAUAGUCUGUGGAUUUCAAUGCACAGAACCAGCUAAAGGAUUUCGCAACUUUCGCUUUCAUUUAUUUUUAUUUGUUUCGAUAUAAGUACAUGAUUUAAUUCGUGUAAAAACUUGAUUGGAAUUCCCAUUCGAGAAAAAACUCAAUUAUGUAGCUAUAUAUUGUCGGAAAUCAGUGUAUAAAUUUGGAGUUUCGAUUAAAAAAGAGAGAUAAAAUUUAUGAAUCCUAACCCUAAAUAAAAUUCAAACUUCUAAAUGUAUAAGGUUUAGUUGAGAUUUUUCUGUAAACGAAGCAAAAGACGUAAUUUGAUCAGUUAAAUCGAAUGUAAAAAAAUAUAAGCAUAGAGCUAAGUUUUACUAUUUAGUAAACUGAACCCAAAUAUUUUAUUUUGUAUUUUUCUACACGUAUACACCAAAAAACGUGCACAUUUAAAAAGUUUUAUCCAAAAAGCUGUGAUAUUUAUGAUAUUUUCUGCUGAUCAAUUGAUACUGGCGACAUUGUUUUAAAACAAAUUUUAUCAUUUUGAUCGGUAUAUCAUCUUCAUUCUUCAAGAUUGUACCUUUUCAAUAUUUAAGAUACUCUAACACAAACCAUUUAAAAUUUGACAAACAUAGUAUAAAUCUAGUGAAUGAUGGAACUAGAUACGUCUGGAUAACUAUAUUAGUUAUUUCGUACAUCGCAUAUUAAAUUGUCAAUAUACAAUAAUACAAAGAACCAAGCAAUACGGUUCAAGUGAAGACGUAAGUGACAGCACAAGUUUUGUCUAUUUUGGUAAAAGAAAAAUGAUACUAUAAAUACAGCAUCUGUCGUUUUGUAGACUGAAUUUCAACAUGCAAAAAGUAAGUAUUUAAUGACUUUGACGCCAUACAUGUUAUAAUAAUAGAUUCUACUUACUUAUUGUUCUUUGUUUGAGAAUCUUUCCAAAACAGGAACAGCCUACGGUAGUUUUGAGCAAACCACUGUCCACAUCAUGCUACUAUUUAAUUUAUUUAACAUAUAUUAUAAAAAAACGUUAGGGCAUCUCCAACCACAAACACUAUUUUAGUGUUAAAACCACACUAUUUUAGUGUAAUUUCAACACUAAAACCAAUGUCUUCUCCAACCAUAACACUAAACUUCACACUAAAACUAUUUUAUAAUAUUUUAUAUAUUAAGUUUUUUAUUUAUCAUUUAUUUAAUUGUAUGUUUUAGUAAUAAAAUAAGUGAAUAGUAUUUUAGUGAAAUGAAUAGUGUUUUAGUGUGGUGAAUAGUGUCACACCAAAUUUGGUGUCAAAUUUUAGUGUUGCACUAAAAUGGUGUGAUUUUUACAGUCCCAUUGGAGAUGAUUUGGUGCAAAAGUCACACUAAAAUAGUGUUUUGCAGUCCCAUUGGAGCUGGCCUUAGUGAGUAGCAAAAAAUAUUUAAUUUGUUUACUGACAGAUAGAAUACUACUCUCAAAUGCUUUGAACCCUGAUUUAUUCGCGGGUUUCUGAACGUAACGUAACCCUUAUCCCAUUUUGUCUCAUGACGAAAAGCGUUAGAUUCAAGACCAUUUAUUUUAAUCAGAGAGUUCGAGUCGAAUUUUCUAUUAAAUUUUGAUAUAUCAGAAACAUUAUAUAAAUUUGAACCCUAAUCUGAAUGAAAGAACUAUAUACCUAAAACAAAACAAGCACUUCUUAUAUUCCAUAAAAUAUUUAUAGUCCAAGCUUCGGCCAGAAACAUGCUAUGAUAUAAUCGUGGUAUACGUCAAUCUAGUGGCGGCAUGCAUUCAACGAAUCAACCGCUUUUCAUUCCUUUAAGGUCCCAAAUUUUCAAUAUUAGAUUUUAGAAAACAAAAUCGGUAUAAUAUAUAUUAUUAACAAAAUAGUCAGCUGGUAGAUGUAAGCCCUUUUUCAAAAAAAAAAAAAAAAAGUCAGCUGGUAGAACUUAUGAGUUAUAUUCUGAUCCGAUAAAAUUCAAAUUAUGAUGAUUCAGUUGGGCUUAAAUUAAAAUAUGAAUGUGAAUAUCUGCAUGAAUUUUUAAAUGGGCUUUACUAAACUCUGGAAGCCCAAAAUCUCGACUAACUUUGAUUUCGGAAUAAUUCCUACCGGUGAAUACCCAAAACGUUCUUAUAUUGUGCUAGUCCGCCUAGUCGUUGUCUCAUCUCAGCCUUUUGGUGAUACUUUAGUAUCUUUGUAGUUUAUGUGACCAAACUAAUCCACUAAAAUAGCUACUUUACUAGAGUGUAUGAUUUUCCCCCUCAAAUGUAUUAAGUCUAUGAUAAGUAUAAAAAAUAUUUAUCUAAUAGUUCGUUAUUUCCUUGGAUUCACUAACGCAAAUGGUGUUUCCACAUUUACAUGGAUGUUGAGUACAAAAAGAGUUAAAGAGCAAGUCAGUCAAUGGAUCCAGUUGACACCAAAAAGAUAGUUCGUAGUUUCAAAAUUAUAACACCAAAUUACUAACUGGUGAUCCUGGUUGGGACAAAGAUGACUAUCAAAUUCAAAACAACGUGAAACCAAUGAUCUCGAAUUCUUUGUUUAGAUUUUUAUUGAAUAGCGAGUCAUGAUAUGACUGGAUGUAUUGGACGGUGGCAACAUUAUAGAACAAUACAGUUUUGUGAAAAUGAAAGUAAGAUUUGAAGGUAAUUGAUGGACUUGGGUCAGAUACAAAAAAAAUACGGCUGGAUUUGGACCAGCUUUGUGGACUGAUAUGUGUUCUAUAAUUGCAAUUCUUUCUAUUUUUAUAUAUUUUGUAGAUUAAAAAAUAAAAUGUGGGACUCUUACGGAUCCGUAGAAAGUUGUACACCAGCCUUUGCGUUUGACAUCUAAGGUAUAGUAUUAAUAAUACAUUGUUUGACCAAAAAAAAAAAUAAUACAUUAUUUGUAUAGUACCAAUAUAACACCCUGAUGGCAUCAUCAAAUGAUAUUUACCAUUGUAAUAUCUAACACUGUCUUUAACAUUUUAAUGGGUGGAGUUAUUUUGCGUAUUCAUUAUGUGUGAGUGGUUAUAGUCUUAUAUAGGUUUAGACUAAUUAAAGUCGUAAUACUCUGAAACUAAUCUGCAUAUGUCCCUUACAUUAAAAUAUUUCCAUUUUCAGCUAUAAAGAUUAUGAUCUACUUUUGUUUAAGAAACUAUUAUGGUCUAUUUCAGUUAAAAAAAAACUAUUAUGGUCUACUAGACCACUAAUAAUAUAUUUACUAUUUAUUAAGGUUAAACAGUACCAUAAAAAUAAGUUUGCACAAAAUUUUGAUAUGCAUUAAUAAUCUUGAUUUUGUUUCAGCAAAUUAUAUAUCCUAUCUCUUUGACAGCAAUUGUAUGAUUCUCCGUCUAGUUUGCACUUAACAACUUUUUUUUACUCAUAGAUUGUCGUCUCUAAAUUCGAUUUUUUUUUCUUGCAUUAUAAUUAGUGUGAAUUGGUUUCAAUCCUCAAUUAAGUAACACAUCAUCAGCAUUUAUAACUUGAAACUGCGUUUUCACAUUUAGCGAUAGUUCGCAAUUAAUUGGCCUGAAAAGAAAGAGAGAAGGAAUCAAGUAAUCAUUUGGAAGUAAAGGGGGAAAAAGGAUCAAAUGCAAUAAUUUAAGUGGUUGGUGAAAGGAUAAAGAAAAAAAAUUAGUCAACAUGAAGGAAAAUAUUGAGGAAAAUGGACCCCUUUUAUUUUCAACAAUUCGCCUUUGUUGCUUGUAUCUACUUGGGCAAAACUCUACGAAGUAUCAAGUCCCCAAGAAAAUAAUGAAACUAUAUUUUGUUCUUGAUGACGAUUAUAUUUAGACAUUUGGCUCAAUUAUUUUCUACAAUAUUAGAGAACGCUUGUUUUAUUGUUAGUUUUAAUGUAGAUUCGUUUUUAAAACCAUCUUCAAUCCACCUCUAUUUUAAUCUUUAUAUUUUCCUCUAAAAUAGAGAAACUUUAUUAUAUAGGUGGAUUUGCUCCAAUGUAUGCCUCUAUGAUAGAGUUCCUCUAUUUAUAGGGGAAAAUAUAUAGAUUUGUUAUUUUCAUCUUUAAAUAUAAAGGUAAAAAAUAGGAUUUCUCUAUAUUUUCCUCUAAAAUAGAGAAACUCUAUUAUAAUGGCAUACAUUAGAGUAAAUCCACCUCUAUAAUAAAAAUCUCUAUUUAAAAAAAAAUAUAGAAACAUACAUUAAAGAUGCUCUAAUGCAUUGAAAAAGUAUCAAUCAUUGAAAUAUAAGAAAAGUGCCAAUAAUGAUUAGAAAUAUGAAUAAUAUAACAUAUUACAGUUAUAUUUAGAACAAACAAAAUUCAAUGUGUACACACAUAUAUAAAUAAUAUUAAUUAUAACUAACUCAAAGCAGUUGAAACAAAAAUAAACUAAGUUGUAAAAAUACUCCUUGAUUCAGUUUUUCUUCCAAUCAACCUUUUCUUUACCAAAGGCUUCAAAUCCAAUGUUUAGGUCGUACAAACGCAUAGAAAUGUAUGUAACUUUUGACGCAAUUUGAAUUAGUACAUUUUAAAAACAUUACUAUUAUUUAUCUGUAAAGUAGAAGGCCAAACGAAUCAUUUGCAAUAUUUUUCAAAUUUUAAAAGAAAGUGAGUAGAAAAGAACAAGUGUGGGCUAUUGGGUCAUGGGAGGAGAACUUUCUUUAUUACCAAAUUAGGUAAAAUAUCCCAAACAAUUCCAUUUUUCAUGUAAGCUUAAUGUCACUAUUCACAAAAUUCGCAAAUUUCUAUUUCUGUUAUAAUGAUUGUUUAUUUGAUGCCUUGCUACAUAUCUUUCGAAUCAUAUGUAAAUAAUCAAUCUUAAGUUUUAAAAAAAAUAACUUUAUAAAACUUAAAAAGAAAAAACUUAUACAUCUUCAAACAAUCUUAAAGCAUUUUGUUGAGAACAAUUGUGAAUAAUCUUUAAAGGCAUUUUCAACCCCACUCUAUUUUUUACUCUAAAAUAGAGUUUAGAGUAAAAAUGCUCUAAUGGUACUAUAUUUCUUCUUUAUAAUAGAGUAAAAAUAGGUUUAAUCCAAAUAUAGAGUAAUUUAUUUUUUUUUUUGUUCAUCACUCUAUUUUAUACUGUAAAAUAGAGUACCACUGAAACAAAUUCAAACUCUAUUAUAGAGUUACUUUAUUUUAGAGUAAAAAUUAGAGUAAGCCAUUGAAGAUGGUCUAAUUAUAUAUAUAUAUAUAUAUAUAUAUAUAUAUAUCAAAAUAUACCAUAUGGGCUUAUGGAUAUUCAGAUGUACAGAUUAAAUAUUAUUUUAUUCCCUUCUUUUUCAAUCAGUUGACCUGUCACACUAUACUUGAAUUCGUAACUGAUCGCGAUAGAAGGUAAUCAAAUCAACACUAACUUGUUUUUUUUUGUCAAGAACACUAACUUAGUUAAUCAAACAUCUCAACACAAAUAACGAGCUAUUAAUAAGAACUAGGGAUUUUUCCGGGCUACGCCCGGAGUAUUCGUAUAAUUUUAAGUUAACUUAAAAAGGUUUAUAUUUAUGAACAUAAGCCGUGUAUAUGUAUUACAAUCGAACAUAACGUUAAAUUCAUUAAAAAAUUAAAAUUUGGUUGUAUGUACGUAUUCAUUGUCUUGUAUAUAACAAAUUUAAAAUCAUAUAUAUAUAGGAUAAUAAGUAAGAUGAGUAAAAUCUAACAAAAUAUGGUUAUCAUUUAAAUACAUUUUGUUUUUUUUUUUGCAUAAAACAAUUGUAAUAUUUACAACUGAUUUAAACUUUGUUUCACUAUAUAAUCAUUGAGUUCUAAUACCAAAUUGAACAGUUUCUUAAUAUAAAUAAAUUGAAUCAAAAAAAUUGAUCCAAACGUAAAAUAAUAUCAUUGUCCAAACCAGACCAAACUAAAGAACAAAAAUUUUAAACGAACCAUUACCAAAACUUGAUAUUUAAAUUAUAUUAAACCAACAAGGACGCUAAAUUAAGAAUCUCGGCCUUUUCUAAAAGACCUUUGUCUUUUUUCUUAUGUUGGUUUGCAGUUUUAAUGAUUCUUUGUUAUAAUAACUCUAGUGACUGGAUUAAGAUAUGAUUUUGGAGCUGACUGGGAUUAAGAGAUCUAAGGACGUUGCAGGCAAAAAAACUGAGACAUACCCUUGCUUGCAGUCUCCGUACUGAGAAUAUCGUUCAAGAAGGGAAGCCAUGAAACAAAGCAUAUUACGGAGAUCAUAUUUAAUUGUUUAGCUAAGAAAACUAAAUAAUAAAAAUGGUGGUUGAUUGUUUUGUACAAUUUAUUGUUCUAAUUGGCAAUCAUGUUGAAGGAAAAAAAUUAAACAGACAAAUUCUACUAUUUUCUUUUAAAUUCUUCAUGGAACCUAAAUAAGAAAGAGUACUCAAUAAGAAAAACAUAAAUUAAGAGAAAGUACAUAUAUUUUAUAAUUGCAUUACUGUAAAAAAAGUUUAGCAUAAUUAAAGAUUAAGAAUAAUAGUUAUAACUUUAUUAGAUUAGAGUGUAUACAAUCUUUCUCGUUCCUUCCAAGUUUUAUUUUGGUAGUAGUUGAAAAUUAUAGUUAUAGAGAUGUCCGUCAGAAAAAAUUAAGACAAUGCAUAUACUUGUAUGAACUUAUAAUCUUACAUGUGACAAUGAUUUGACCCCACUUCUUCCCACCACACCUGGCUUCUUUCUUCUUCUUCCUGCCAGCUCCAACAUCUUUCGUUUUCUCUCUUCUCUGCCAUCAACAACUUCUUUCUUCUUCUAGCCACCCUCUGUUUUCUUCUCUCCAACUUCCCUUCCUUCUUUGUCUCUUUCUCCUGCAGCCGAGACUUCUUUCUUUAAGGCGGGAGGGGUGGCACAGUCUUUGACCAGAAGAAGAGAUUGAUGGUUCAUUGAGUUUUUGGCCAGUAAAAGCACAAGUUCUUUAACAUCCAUUGUUCCUUUGACAGUACCAUGUCUUUGGCUGCAUCAAUAGCCACCGUUUCGAUCCCUAACUCAAAUAUGUAAUAUACAUUUAUUAGCAUUAGAAGUUACUUUUAGAUUUAACUUGGAUUAGAAUAAUCUUAAAUAGUGAUGCUUCCUUUCAUGAGCACAAUUCCUCUACAUAUUCAGACAGAGAGACUCACUCAUCAACACCACUCUCCAAACUAAAAUUAAGCAGAUAAGGAAGCCAAUUAAUAUAGAGCUCUUACAUUUUCUGACGGACGAUUCCUUCUGCAUAAAAAGGAUCCAGCAAAAGGCUUUUUCCUUCCAUUUUCUAUGGUCAAUAGAAACAGAACAAUAAAAAAAAAAA